CAGCUCUAGAGUAUAGGCGUAGGACCACGUGCCCGGAGCCGUGUGCCGUGUAUCGUGCACCGUGCAGUCGGCGCAUUCACACGGUGGACGCUCGCGCGUAAACAUUGCGAGGCGAAGGCGUAUUAAAGCGGGGCAAGAACUUGAAGAAACUGAAAACUUACAAAUCUGUUAUUGUAACCUUAUUGUAAAUGUUAUGUAACCUCGAUCAAAACAGAGUAUAAACACAUCAAUAGGUGGAUGGAAAUGUGUCAAUAACGAUUCAAGUGCGAUGGUGAUAAUAGUCAAAUCAAAUAUUUGUUCAGUUUUUUGACGUAGUUGCUUUUUUCCCGCGUACGAUAAAAACAUCGAGUGGGGGCGUUUUUUAAUCUCGACAUAACUUUGGAAUCUGCGUAGAAUCUACAACUUUAAAAGUGCUGCGAAGUUCAAAUAGUUCAUUGUAUCUUAUUUUUUUUCCGAUUGUGUUAAACCAAAGUGCGACUGGUGGCGUAUAAAAAGGAGAAAUAAGUUUACCAGCCGGAAUCUUGACGUUGUGGGUCCGUCACGGCGAUAUGCGGGUGUGGGCUAUCGAUCUUGUAGCCUGCUUUUGUGGAUUUACAUCUCUAUAUGUAUACACGAAUGCAUAACAUUCUGUAAGUUCACUACAAGUGUAUUAUUGCAUUGGAUAAAAUCGUAGAGGACGAUGAGAAGGGACUCCUGGUAAGAAAUAACGCGCUCCGACGUCGACCUGUGAGAGGCUGAGGGGAAAAAACGAAAAAUUGCGAGAAACUCGGGGAGGGAAAAACACGAUUGAAGGAUGGAGUUCUACGACCCGGGAAGCAGCGAUCUCAAGGAGCUGUGGGAAUCGUAUCUCGCCGAGCCGGCCCUCGGACAGGAUGUCUUGAUGGCGACGAGGGAAGAAGAAUGGGGAAACGUGCUUUGCCUACGGGAAAAAGGCACCCUGGGGGUCGUCCUCCGUGAUCGACUGAUGACCGAUGCCGCUCUCGGUGGCACCAGACCCAUCAAGUCCGAGCACAGCUACAGCCUGCUCGCUUGUAGUCCACCGGCUAGUCCUGCUGCUACUGAAAGUAGCCGGCACACUCCGCACUCCGUUUCCAUCGAAGGAUUCACCGGAUCGACGUGUUCCUCUGGCACGAUCAACCCCGCCAGCGGCAUGGCGGAGCACCACAAAAGUUUAGGGCUUCGCAGUCGAAUCGAUGAUAUGGAGGAAGAGUGCUACCCCGCAAUAUCGAUGGGAACCGCCUCCGGACGUCCCUGCUCAUCGCCGUCCCCGGGCCAGUCUCCCUCCGGACGAGUUGGCCUCGUGACCGCGAGACUUCACUCAAUGCCGGAAGAGGACGACUCCAAUGGGAUCAAGGGCGAACCUCUGAGCGUCCCCAACAGCCCAGGCGAAUCGGUCGUCUCUUGCCAAUUGGUCGACGACAAAACGAGCAUAGCUGUUGUUGCUCCGCACACUCUACACAUCAGCAGGAAUCAUCUGCUGCAACAAACGAGCGACAGCGAGGACGAGGAGGAAGAAUAUUAUCAGAGCAUGGAAUUGGACGAGUUCGACGUUAAGUGCGAAGAGAGCGAGGCCAGCGUCGACGGAUCGCGACAAGGACUCCCGCCGACUCCUCCCAGCAGUGCCAGCUCCGACAGCGAAGGCACAGCUUCCGCUUCGUGCUCACCGGAACGCCGGGAAAGCUCUUCCGGGCACGUACAAAAUCUUCGGGGUCUACUGGCUCCGAGACUCUACGUCACCAACGGGAAUCACACCCACGCUACCAGACAACCCAUACACACGUCGCUAAUAUCGUGUCAACCGAAGGGGUCCACGGGAAUUCUGACCCUUACGGAUGAGGAGAAAAGAACUCUCAUUGCCGAGGGUUAUCCCAUUCCGACGAAACUACCGCUCACCAAGCAGGAGGAAAAGUCCUUGAAAAAAGUUCGUAGGAAAAUCAAGAAUAAGAUAUCCGCCCAAGAGUCGAGAAGAAAGAAAAAGGAAUACAUGGACGGUCUUGAGAGGCGAGUUACCACAUUGACCAAUGAAAACUCAUCCUACAGGGAUCGCCUCUCAACCUUGGAGGACGCUAAUCGUGAGCUCAUGCUCGAACUCCAACGCUUACAGUGUCUCCUUGAGUCGCAGUCUUCCUAAAUAUUUAUUUUAUGAAAUAAUCGCUUAUCAGCGCGUUUCGAUCGUUCCUCGCUGUUAAUGGAAUUUCGGGGGUAUUCCCUGUCGCCGUUGUGCAUGAGCAGCGAAUUUUCAUAUCUUUGACUCUUUGAGAUCAUUAUUUUGGUGAUAAACUUUUAAAUUGAAGCCGGGAAUCAUCUGUGGGAAAACUUCCUUGAAUUCAGUUGUUUAUAAGCGUGUGCCUGCAACGUCUUAAAUUAUUUACAAAAGCGUUCCUCUGCAGGCAAAAAAACUGUUGAAUAUUCAGCAAAAAAUAAAUUAAAUUUAUUUCAUUCAUCGGCCCUAAAAGCUGGCUGAAAAUAACAAUUCGAAAACGUGCCUCCGAGCUCUCGUUUUUUUAUCAUGAAAAAAUGGAAAGUUUUUUUAACGCUAACGUUGCUUGUGAUGCGCACGUAAAAACUACAAUGAAAUUUUUCUAAACUUUUUUACAGAAAUGAUUAUGUACAGUGAGGUCCGGAGAUAUGGAAUUUUGCUCUCGUCAAUUAAUUCCGAAAAGUUUGACCAACUUUGAAAAAUAAAAAAAUUGAUUUGUUAAAUUAAAAAUGGCUAAUCUGGUCAAAUUUUUCGGACCGUCGAGAAAAAUCAUGCUCCAUUUCUUCUCGGCCUGACUCUAAAUAUUUGUUGUAUUUGUCCAAAGUGUCAAUAAUCUUUGAGGAUAAUUCGUGUGGAAGUUGGUCUCGUUACAGUUCGACCUUUUGCCAACGGAUUUUAACGACUGUGAACGAAUUCAUCGAAUUCGUCCAAUGGCUGAUAAUCCUUAUGUUACUUUAUGCUUAAAUUUAUGAAAAAAUGUCAAGGCUUCGAGAGAUGUACACAUUAUUUUCGUUUCGACGACUUAAACGAGAAAUCGUCAAACUUCAGAUUCUUCUAUUCAACGUUUUUUUUUUAGUAUUUAUAGGAAAAUUGUACAAAUUUUAUAAUAACAUCGUGUCGUUAAAUUUUCCACUAGAAUUCACUGAUAUCUUACAUUUAUACAGAUUUAUACCAUUCCUCGAUCGAAAAGUAAACUCUUUUUCAACCUCCCUGUUUUAUUUAGGGAUACAGCGUUAUACGAGGCAUUCCAUUCCAACUUGAUCCCCACGUUUUUCCUCCUGAAUCUUCAAACUAUUUCAAAAUGGAUUUUGUUUUUAAAGAAAAUCUACGUCUCCACAGCGUGUCUGAGAUUGUUUUCUCAAUCAAAAGGAAACACAAAUUAAAGUGCAAAUUAGAAAUACGAAGGACAUUUUGAUGAUCGAAAGUCUUUUGGAGCAAUUGCAGAAGUAGAUCGAGUAGAUAUGUAAAUUUCCUGAAUUUUAUUGCGUAAUAUCAUGGCGAGUGAAUUUAUAGUUAUGAGAAGAGUGAUUUUAUCUCUAGUUAGGCUAGGAAAUUGGGGAAAACGUUUUAUUCUUGAUGUAACAAUGAUUAUAUCUCGACCAAACUGUAUUUUAUCGAAACAAAUUGAUAACGAGUGUGCUUACAGAAUUAUUAAUUAGUUAUAGAUCCAAAUAUUAAUUAGUACGACGUGCAACGAACAGCGAGCGAUGUGGCGAGCGAAAAUGAGUCCACGCUCUCAAAUUGCUCGCUAUCCUUCGAUCCGUCCACGAAAGGUGAUCGGAUCUCUCAUUUAUUAUAUUGAUAUGUGUGUGUAUAUACGUAUAUGUAGCGUUCCGUGUCAAAUCCGAGUCUCAGCUUCGAUCAAUUUUCAGUUUGACGAUUUUUCUUUUACAUUGAGUUGUCAAUUAUGAGAACAAUCGUAUAUUUUCUCACGUGUGGCGAAUUGACAUUUGAUUCCACUCUCAGAAGAGGAAAUUUGACUUUUCAAAUGAUUUUGAACAUGUGAAUAUUGCGAAACGAGAAGUCAGUAGAUUAAAAAUUGGUCGUAGCGAUUUGACGUAAAAAAUCUUGUACAGAUCGUUGUUUCUGUAAUUUUUUUUUGCACUCAUAGGUGCGGGAGUAUGUGCAAUGUUUACCAAGCGCCUGAACGAGUUAUUUUCGAAUGAUUCUUCGAUAUUUAAAAUAUUUUUUCGAGCAAAACGAAAAUAGUUCGCGGCAUAUUUCGUUACGGUAAAUUUUCUACCGAACAAUUUUUCUAUUAACUUUUUAAUAGUUUAUAAAUAGAAUGAAGAGUUUUAUUCAACGGUCCAAAUAAAAGUGCGUUGGUAUCUAGCUAUCAAUUAUUGUGCAUGAGCGAAUUUUCGUUUGAUGGAAAGAACAUUUUGUAUGAAUCUAAGAGCAGAAAUAUACAUAUUUCUUCUUGGAGUGCUGCCAAAUAUUUCAGAAAUUAGAACAAAGUAACACCGUCCAAUCGUCGAAACAGGGAUAUUCGAUUCUUGAAAUAUCAUUGAAAAAUAUGCCUUCAAAUAAACAUUUCAAGUGUAUUCCACUAUAAAAUAUAGAAACUGUUUUCUGCAAAUUUACAAAUUCUCCAAUACUUCCAAGUUAAAAAAAGCCUUCCGUCAUUUUUGAAAGUGUUUUUUUUUUUUUUUUUUUUUUUAAUAUCCUCCGUUAAAAAGACAGUUUCAUGGGGCGUUCCCUGCUGGUCGAAACCAACGAAAAAUAUCCUCGUCACAUUUCAACCGGUUAACUGGUACGUUUUUUCUCCAGUUUUCGUGCCAAAAAUAUCACAAAAAAUCAUUUAACAAAUGUAUUUCAUGAAAGUUUCUCGACAAUGAUCUCGUCUCAUAUCAUUUUGAAUUUUACUUAUCGAUCCAUCUUUACAAACAGAGAACUUGAAAACACUGUUCUGGACGAAUUUCUGUGAAAAUCUGUUGAAAGUUGAGCAAAUUAUGGAAAUUUCUACAUACAUGGUGCAGCACCAGUCAACCGGUUCAUCGAGUGUGCCUAGUUGAAAGGUUAUAAAAGAAAAAAUCGAUUUAUUGUAAAUAAUAGAAACGAGGAAAAAUAAAUUUAUGUAUACGAAUAUAAAUAUAUUAUAACAGAAAUAUAUAAAUAGGUAUAAAUAGGUACAUAGAAAUAUAUAUUUGAUGGAAAUUUUGUGCGAGUGAAAAUUGCGGGUUGAAUAGAACGAGCCCUAAAAAAAUUGCUGACCAAGGGUUGGGGUUUAAGAAAAAACAAAGGUUAAUUUAAUUUGUUUGGUUAUCGAGGAGAAUUUUAUUAGUCAGAGCUGAAAAGUCCCUGAUUUUUAUAAUGUACGAGUGUGUUGUAUGCGACAAUAAUGAAUAAACACGUGUGUGACCUAA